AUGGGACGUGGAGCCAAGAACAAAUAUUCCGCACCAUGGCGCGAAGAAGCACCCAGGUCCUCGCGGUCCUCUCGGUCCUCAUACUCGCUGUGGCCAGGAUCGUACAGGACCGUCGAUUCGCCACAGGCCAGAGAACAGGACAAGAGCAGAGCAAAGGCAAAGGCCAAACCUUUUCCAUCCUACGAUCGGGACUGGAAGGAAGGACAGGCCCUGGUGGAAAUCUCGGAUCCUGUCCAGCACAGGUUGACGGCAGCACCAGAGGAUCCCCAGACGAAGGAUAUGCAGUACGCUGUCAACCAGCUCCGAAAAGCGGAGGCCCGCGUCAGCCGCAUCACCAAAGAACGCCAAGAAAAAGACCGCCGAUGGGCUGCUUACGAGAAAGCAGCUCAGCUUUCCUUUGCGGAGGAAAAGUCGCGACACGUCGCCGACAUGGAUCGACUCGAGAGCGAGCUGAGGGAGGCACAUGUUGGACAGGAAGUGGCCAAGGACUACGUGGGCAGGAUCGCCGCCGUCAUGGCCCGAUCCAACCUAGACGGGCUGACCCUCGACAGUGCCCUGGGCGACUGGAAGCGUACUGUCCAGACUAUUCCGGAGAACACCGCUUCUGCACCACAGCAAGCACCCCAGACGAAUGGGGCUGGCAUGGAUGGCAGACCGGGAGCUCCGACGGUGUCUACGUCGGAGCAUGCCGGCGCCGCCCUCGCUCCUGGACCUCCGGAGAACUCUGGCACUAUGGACGUGGACGGUGCUCCGGCUUACUCGUCAGCACCUCCGGAGGAUCUGGUCGUCGUGCUAUACCCCUUCGACCAGGACAACGGGUGCCACCUGCGAGUGUGGAACGUGCUUCGGAUGGCCAAGAGGGCAUCCAUACGACAGGACCACCGGCAAAUCCGCACCGUGCUCGCCGGGCUUGACCAAUAUGGAGUGACGUUCUUGUCAUCGGGAGACUUCUUGGCCAUCAUCUACGACCGACCUGGACGGCUCAAGGCGGUAUGCGUGUCUGCUGUACAGAGAUAUACUCAGGUGUCCACCCACAAGUGGGGACAAGGGCGAGUCCUUUUUCUGGGGCAGAAGGACCAAGACAGCAUCGGUCUUUUGCUGUUCUUCGGACUCCCCCGCCGCAUCGGCUCUUCAUUUCCACAGUGGCUCUCGGUGCUCUUCUUGUGCCUUGGCCUCGGCCUGACUUGGAUCCGAAGAGACACCUAUCAUCGCUCAGGCUGCCUCAAUGUCAGUGAGUUCCUUGUCGGCGUCUUGGAUUUCGCUGAUAGACUCGGCAGCCGUGCCCCACAAGUGCCAUGGAUCCGAGGGUACACCCCAGGCUCUGCCUGGAAUCCUUUGGCCUUGGGUGCUCUCGUCACUCUUUGGGGCCUUCGACCUGUUUCCACUGCGUGGACGCUAACUGCAUCAGGACUACAGGAACAAGUGACCGCGUUUUCGCUUAGCUUCCUCGGUGUUUGGACAUGCACCAUUCUUGUGCUGUUGGUUUGCAGCGGGCUGUUCCACCUCCCUUCGAUCGCAGCCACGUUUGGCUUCCGGCUGGCAGAAGCUUCCCAAUUUGCAGUACUAGGUCUACUUGUGCGGGAGGAUGAGGCCCCUUCGGAUACAGAAGACGAGGAGCAUCUGCCUGACAGUGAGCUAGCUGCGCGCAUGUGGCCCUCCGCGGCCAACAUCGAGGAGGCCUCGCGGAUGCCUACCAGCAGAGGCAACGGGCUCACCACCAUUGCGAGCCUUGAACCGACCUCCCUCACAAUUCACGAUCGUGCCCGCAUUGACCACGCCAGAGCCUUCGUUGAGGAGCAAGGUGGCCCUUGGCCCUACCUCGCGGCAGACGACCCGUUUGCACCACAAUCGGAGAACGAGGGGGACGAGGAAACUGACACAAUCGUUGAGGAGGGUGAGUGCGACUUCACAAUUUUUCUGUUGAAGGUCGACUACACACCGGAGUCUGUCACAGUCACUUUGACCUCUCCGGCAGAGAUUCACCAAGCAAUCGCGGCUGUGCAAAAUACCAGGGAUCCAGUCCAUGCACGCCUUUUUCCGACCCUACAUCUCUGUGAUCCUCAACCGAGCCAAGACUUUGGAGUGCUUGUCGCAGUUCCGGGGUGGGUCCAGCAUGAUGUCUGUGUUGUCUUCGACCUUAUGGAAUUUGAUGGUCGCCUCUUCACCGCAGUUGCACCACUGACAGCCACCAAGACUACGCUGCUCCAGAUGUGCGAACUUGACUCCACUCGCGCUGACCUCUAUGUUGGCUCUAACCAUGUUCCUGCCAAUGAGGAGGAAAUCCCGCUUCGCAUCGGCCUUUGCCUGUUUGUCGUCCCAAGGUAUGUCCUCCCUGGACCAUACUUCGAUCUUGCAAAUACGCUGCUUGAUUCGGCCCUGUGGGCCGACAAUCCUGCCAUCCCCAUAGGCCCCAUCGAAGGCUGCUUCUGCUUCGUUGGACAGGGAGGCCACCGCAGAUGCCAGGUAGGGGCUUCCCCUGAUCUCUUCGACAGAGACGAGCUUGCACGUCUGUUCGGCCUGCAGCCGACAACUCUACAGGUCCAGCCAGCUGUGCCAGCGAUCACAGACAUUGCAGUGCAUGGAUAUAUGUGCCACAACGCCUGGAUCAUUGGGGAAAUAGAUGAACAGAUGCACGAGGCGUCAGGGGCACAGGCUGCUUUUGCGUUGGUAGACUGCAGAGCCAUCUUCCAAGGCUGGCUCGCCGUCAUUGCUGGGGAUGGUCACUGCCUGAGAAGUGACAUAGAACUUGUUACCUUCAUGCCUACGGGCUGGGAUCUCCACCUUGAGUGGUUGCCUGCAGGUGCUGAUGCAUGCAGAGUAGAGCCAGGACAAGUCAUAUAUGCCUCCUACGUUCCCACACCUGAACCCUCCGCGAGGCCUCCACCCACGGAGGAGGGUCAUGAGAGCGAGGCUUUCACCGACGACGAAGAUAUGUCUGUCCAAGAGAAUGAUUUGCACCCACCUGGCAGCCGUCCAUCUGAAGACGCCUCAACGGGCCACAGGGAGACCCGCCGCAGUCGAUCUCCGCACAGGUCCUCACGUGCUGCCAUUACUGAAGAGCUCUCCGUCACUCUGCAUAUUGGCCACGCUGCACCCAUCUGGGAUGCUGCUCUGCUUCGUCAGGGAGACGAGGGAACUGGUGGCAACAGCGGGCCCCCUGACGUUGCACACCAAACAGCUGAAGGCCAGAGACAAGCCUUCAUCGAUGGCUCCUUCUUCAUUUUCGGACAGGAGUGUCUGCCGGAGUGGCUACAGGGGGACUUGCUCACCCUGCACUUCUUCAUUCCGCCGCCGGCUGACAUGUCCAGUUCGGACAGCCAUGAUGGGGAUUCUCCGCCUCCAUCACAAGCGGGUGAGGGACAGGAUGGAGAUCCAGAGGAGUCCUCCUCCCACCCUAGUGACCGUGAUGCAUCGCAAGUUGCACCCUCGGAUACACCAUCGACUGGCCCAGACGCAGGGCAUCCUCUUUGCCCCACUGCCAUCAUUGUGAGCGGAUUUGUUGGUACCUCGCAACAGCGCAACGGCCUCACCUUUGUCGUCCUUCUUGCUUGGAUUUGUACUCCGGUUGUUGCCGUCGGACAUGACAUUCUUUUGGACCCGGGCCACCCCGGCGCACAGCGUCAUGCAUGGACGCAUACCGGCAGCGGCCAAAACCAAGCCUGCGUGCCGACCUGUGAUGUCAUUGAUGCCAGCCAACACCGGAGCAUUGAGGAUCCUACCACAUGCCGGACAGGGGUGGUGAUCGAUCUUGCCUCUUCCCUGCCGGCCAGCCGCUGCUUUGAUCUCACAGGGAUCUCCGUUGACUUGAAUUGCCAUAUUGACAACGUCAUGCAAGUUUGUGCGCAUGGAUGCUUCCUGCUUCAACACUCCCUUCCCCACCACCUCUCGCUACACUCGGCAACAGCACAGCUGUUGGCACUGUGCAAUGACAACCUCAAAGGAAGGCCCCUCGCUGACGUUGGCCCUAUGGAGUAUCUUGAUGCGCAUACGGAUGGAUCUUUCGAUGGCAAGGAUAGUGCCUGGGCCUUUGUUGUAUUCGGGUGGCUCGACUCCCAGCCUUACUUUAUAGGAUGGCAUGCCGGGUUCACACAGACAGAUGCCCAAUGUCAAGAUUACACAGGAGCGACAGGCCACUCUGCGAUUGCGGGGGAAUACUCUGCCCUUGUCUGGGCCCUGCUCUGGAGUGUGCAAGCACCCAAAAGCGUUGGCCUAGAGCUCCACUCGGACUGCCUAGUCGCCCUUCAGCAGGCAAAUGGCAUUUGGAGCUUCCAACCCACGGAAGGGCUGGCGUCGGCAGCCAGAGCCCUGCAACAACUCCUCUGCUCCGUCCAAGCAGCCUUCAGCGGUAAGAUCCACCACGUGCGGUCCCACCAAGGACACCCAUGCAACGAGCUUGCCGACUCCAUAGCCAAGCACUUUCUCAAGAGGACCACGCCAGCUACACUCUCUACGACGCAGCUCCGUGCAGCCCAGGCUAUCAGAGACGGCACCGCGCAAUGGUGGUGGCUGAUUCACAAUAUUGCCCGGCUGCCCAGCCUCUGGCCUACUGCUGUGGGCUCAUCCAUCGCGGAUCGAGACCGAUUCACCGACGACUCCCUCCCCACGGAAGCGGAGGCUAGACACUGGUUUGGAUUUAGGGAUGAUGUUGCCCAGAGCUCAGUCCGGGACACCCGGGUCUUAUCUCUCCGCCUCCUCACAGUCAAUGUCCAGACACUCGCUGAGGCGAAUGAGUCGACCUCAGCACAGGCUGGCUUCAAAGGUCGUGCAGCCUUUUUGCGGGAGCAGAUUGACGACUUGGGGGUCCAUGUUGCGUGCCUUCAGGAAACGAGGGCUGCGGCUUCAGAGACAGUCACCUCUUACACGCAUCUGAGAUUCUGUUCUGGCAAAGAUGCUGCAGGCAACUACGGUGUAGAAUGCUGGUUCAGCCGUCUUUUGCCAUUCUCUGAGGAUCGUGCAGCUAACCUUUUCUUCCAUCCCAAUGAUUUCCUGGUUCCCUUUUCUGACCCCAGGACACUCUUUGUCAGGUUCUCCAGGGGCGGGGUCAAGGUUUUGUUCGCCUGUGUCCAUGCCCCCACCACUGGUGACUCCCAGCGAGAGACGUGGUGGGCCACCCUCUAUGACCGGCUCCAGCAGUUCGGACAAACCCAUGAAGUGGUACUCAUGGGUGACCUCAACACCCACUUCGCCCAAUCCAUCCCACACAGAGCCGGCUCUCUCACCAUCCCGGGGCAAGGGGGCAUACCAGACGGCCUUCUUCGCAUCCUGCAUUCACAGGACUUGUGGAUCCCGUCUACUUUUCCUGAAGUGCACACCGGCUCUUCCACCACUUGGGUCGCCCCCAAUGGCACAGCAUCAUCCCGCAUCGACUACAUUUUGCUUCCGGUUUCGUGGCGAGUUGCGCCGGGAGCCUCUUGUGUGCAGCACGAACUUGACUGGGGGCAGGGACACACCGACCACUUUGCAGACCGGGAAGCGAUGGGCACCAAGCAAGGACAGGAGGCGCUCGCUGCCAUCUGGCAAGACACUGUCCGGCACAUUGUCGCGACGGCUGAGUCCGCCUCCAGUUGCCCUACUGCGGAGGCUGUUCGCCGCUUGAAGCCCAUCCUUGGGCCACCCAAGCGCCGUGCCAAGACUCGCAAUGGCCUCCCCCUUGUCCUCCGCCCUGAUGGGCUCCCCGCGACCACCCCUGAGGAGGUCGAGGAUGCCUGGAUCAACCACUUUGCUGGGAUUGAGGAUGGACUGCGCGUCACGCCUCAAGAACUCGCUGCCAGUUGCAUCCAGAAUCAACUGAAACGGGAGCUCGAUUCCAUCGAACUCAACAGACUCGAACUGCCGACUCGCAUCGAGCUUGAGCAAGCUCUUCGGGAUACCGCCUCAGGUCGUGCUGCUGGCCUGGACCUUGUGCCGGGCGAAGCCCUCCACUUCGCUGCUGCUGAGGCCUCGUCUGCACUGUAUCCCAUCUUGCUCAAGACGAGCCUCAGACUCGCGGAACCGAUCCAGUUCAAAGGAGGGAGUCUGCAGGCUGCAUGGAAGGGAAAAGGCUCACCAGCACUCUGUUCUUCGCAUCGAGGACUGCUCAUCUCCGCCACCGCGGGCAAGGCCUUUCAUCGACUCUUCAGAGCUAGAUGUGUGCCUUCGCUUGCUUCAGUUGCAUCUCCUUUGCAACUGGGCGGGUUGCCUGCCUGCCCAGUGACAGCAGUCUCCCACGCAGUUCGGAUGUUCAUCACUGCAGCUAGAAAGCACAAGACCUCCUUUGCUGUCCUGUUUCUCGACCUCCAGGAAGCGUUCUAUCGUGUAUGCCGUCCGCUGCUGACAGGCACAUCGGUCGAUGACACCACAGUCGCGCAAAUUGCAGCGACUGUAAAACUCCCGCAGGGAGUUAUGCAUACAUUGCAUAAACAUCUGCAAGAACGGUCCAUUUUUGCUGAUUGCGGCACAUCGCCGUGGCUCGCAGCCUCAAUGACCGAAAUCCUUGAUGCCACUUGGUUCAGAUUUAGAUCUGGACAAACGCUAGUUCGGACGGGCAUAGGAAGCCGUCCGGGGGAUAACUGUGCAGACGUCAUAUUUUCGUUUCUUUUCUCGCAAGUCCUAGCCGAGCUGACGCGAGAACUCACGAGCAAGGGCUGCUGCACACAACUUCCCUCAGCGGCCUCCAGGCAUGACAGUAUCUUCGUCGAACAGGUCCAGGCAGGCGAGUCUGUCACAUCCGUCGACCUGACGGAUGCUACCUGGAUGGACGAUCUUGCGCUUAUGCUCUUGUCUGACUCGGCGACAGGCAUCGUCGAGAGAGCACGCACUGCCACCAGUGUGUUGCUGGACGCCUGCCUAUCGAGGGCCAUGCUCCCUAACUUGGCGCGGGGGAAGACUGAGAUGAUCCUCGUGCCCAUGGGUAAGGGUUCACAGAAGGUUAGGGCUUCACUCUUCAGGGACAAGGAGCCGGUCUUGCACAUUCCAGCUACACUCUGGCCGGAGGCCAAAGUGCGCCUCGUUACCAGCUACAAGCACCUGGGCGGGGUGCUUCACUGUGCAGGCGACCUUUCCCGUGAGGUUCGUGCCAGGGUCGCCCAGGCCAAUGAUGCUUUCCAGAAGAGAAAAAGGUACCUGGCCCUCGCCCAGUCCCAAGACCCUGUCAGCAAUCAGCUCCGCACAAGAGCUCAUGGCGUGCCACAUGUGUCGACCCACAUGGGUGACUGGCUGGCUGCGAUACGAGACUCCCUUUCUUGGCUUUGGGAAGCUGUAGACAAGGGGCGUGUCUGCGAACAUACGCCAGCAAUGUUCGACUUUGCCGACAUUUGCGUUACAGCGCGUCUUGCAGAACACGCCUGCUUGCCAGUGGACACUCGUGCACGGUUGUGCCAGGUGUCGGCAGUCGCAAGAACGACGACAUUCAUGCUGGAUUAUGCCCAGCGUUGCCUGCCGAAGGGCCGUGCCUCAGCUUCCCGGGAGUGUCAACGGACAUGCUCGACAUGUGCCCUGUCGCUGAAAUCUGGGAAUGUCUCCAGCUCUUGGACUUCGAUGGAGAGGUUGCGAACGCCACUGACAUUGGACCUCUGGCAACGGAUCCGCACAGCGUUCUCGUGUGUCUGCGCGCCCACCGAUCGGCUCCGUGCUACUGUGGUCGCUUGGCAGCGCAUGCUUGCUACUGCUAAUGGGCACCGUCGGCUACGUGAGUUUGCCGACUGGUUAGGGGCGGCCGACUUGAUCCAAUGGCUCAUCCCGCACGCCUCUGACCAACCGAUUCUUGCCAACUCGCUUCGAGACUCCGACAAGGUCUUGAGCAUGCUCGAUUCGGCUCCUGUUCGUGUUCGGCCGCCAGAUCCGCUGGAUCCAAAUACUACGGUGAUAUGGGUUAGACGGGAUGGCCAGACAUGUCCUAACUCAGCCGAUGGCGACGACAGGGUGGGUCUCCCGACCCUUGGUAUGCCUGACCACUCCUGGUCCAAGUCGCACACGCAACAAGACAUGCGCACUGCUGCCGUCUUUGCUGGCGAUUUGACACGAUUCUUUCUCCGUCUCUCGUUACUGGGUGUUGCCUGCCUUCUCAUUGGAUAUGAGUCGGCUGAACUCGACUUGCAGGCGAUCUCCGCACUGCCCGGUGUGCUUCGUCACCAUCGGACUGGCACACACGUCAUUGCACAUCCGGCAGCCCUUCAAUUGCUCCAACGUUUCACUCCGCUCUAA